UCGACCAGGGGAUAGAUAAGGAUAGAUCGGGAGUCAGCUUGGGAGAGAGAGAGAGAGGGUCGAGAGAGAGGAGGAAUCGCCAGACACGAUGGGCGCCACCGGCCAACGUCGGCUGUCAUCUCUGCCCGCGGCGGCGGCCGCGCCCCUCCUGCUUCUGCUCGUCGUGUCCUCCUGGAGCCAGGCGGCGGCGGCGGCUCCGGUCUGGACGACGGCGCUGGAGAAGCACGUGGCGUUCUUCGACACCGACAACGACGGCAUCGUCUCCUUCUCCGAGACCGAGCAAGGGCUUCGUGCCAUCGGUCUCGGAGCUAUCGAGGCGGCGGCCAGCGCGACCCUGAUCAACGGAGCCAUCGGACCCAAGACCAGACCUGAAAAUGCUACGACGUCGCGGUUUGACAUCUACAUAGCCAACAUCCAUAAAGGGAUCCACGGGAGCGACAGCGGCUCGUACGAUGCUCAAGGAAGGUUCGUUCCGGCCAAGUUCAACGACAUAUUCGCCAAGUACGCCAAGGUCAAGCCGAACGCCCUGAACGAGGACGAGCUGGGGGAGAUGCGCACUGCCAACAGGAAGGAGGGUGACUUCAAAGGAUGGGCGGCGUCGAAGGCGGAGUGGGGCAUGCUCUACAGCCUCGCCAAGGACAAGGACGGCUUCCUUCAGAAGGACACCGCGCGCAGCGUCUACGACGGCAGCCUCUUCGCUAAGCUGGCCAAGAAGGCUGCUUCGUCUGGAAAUUAACCGACCCCGACCGUGAUUUGUACCCCGUGUUUUUUCCUCGAGAUGGAAUUUGUACUCCGUAUUAUUCGUGUCUUGUUCGUUGAACAUGUGCUGUCGCUGUACAAUUAAAAAUGAAACCUGUUAAUGCAAAUAUAAUUUAGUCCUCCA